AUGAAGAUGAUGAAGAUGAUGGCCACCAACGCCAUUGUCAUCGCUGCAGUCGCAGAAGAAUAUGGAAACCAACACCGAGGGCGCGGUUCUCAUCCGGGUUGUGCACCAAAUGAGGAACGACUUAGAGAAGAAAAGGGCAAAGGUAUGUUGGCCGACUACUUUAUCGACCGGCCAGUGUUCAAAGAUCCGGAGUUCCGAACAUGUUACAGGAUGAGUCUCAAUCUCUUCAAGCGUAUAUCUACUGACCUUUGCCAGUAUGGUCGUUACUUUGUUCAAAGGUCAGAUGCUACCGGCAAAGUCGGACUGCUUCCGGAGCAGAAGAUGACAGCUGCCUUGGGAAUACUUGCGUACGGUGCAGGGGCAGAUCAAUGUGCUGAGUAUUGUCGGAUGGCGAAAUCCACCUCCGUCGCAGCCCUUCAGCACUUUACACGAGGAAUUGUUGAUCUUUACUCAACAAAAUACCUCCGCGCUCCUACUGCAGCCGACCUCAGACGACUUAUUACCAAAGUUGAGAGGAGAGGUUUUCCAGGAAUGAUUGGGAGCAUGGACUGUAUGCAUUGGCAAUGGAAGAAUUGUCCGACAGGUUGGGCUGGGGAAUAUAGUGGUAGGAAACAGAUCCCCACUAUCAUCCUGGAAGCAGUCGCAUCUUACAACAUCAGGAUUUGGCACGCAUUCUUUGGAAUGCCUGGGGCAUGCAACGACCUGAAUGUCUUGGAAAAGUCUCCGUUGUUUGAUGAGCUUACUGCCGGUAGAGCACCUCUGAUCCAAUUCCAAGUUAACAACAGAGCUCACAGUCUAGGAUACUAUCUCGCCGACGGUAUUUAUCCUUGA